GCACCCACUUCCUGCCCCCCCAUCUCCCUCCUCCCCCCAUCUGCAGCCUUCGCGCCCCUUCCCCGCCCACCUCUCCAAGGGAUCGGGGCACCGGUCCUGGUCUCUAUUCAGAAUCCUCCAGUGCUUCUUGCAUAGCUUUCUCCAGUUCCAGGCAUGUGAAAAGGGCUUUUUCUCCCACCAGAACUCACCGGAACUUGGGUGGGUGACAUUGCUAUUCUAAGAGAACAAGGGAGGCAUUCGUGACUCCUCUUCCUGAGAGGGGCGUGUGACACUUGCGCACCGAAGGAAUCCACACAUUUGCAAGGAGAUGUCGUCGCCGUCUCCUCACCCCAAAUUCAGGCCAUCCUUGCCUCCGGACAGAAACUGGCAUCAGAGCAAGGAGAUCAUCAGGGUCCUGUUAGAGGCUGAGCUGGAGCAGAGGUCAAAGGUGAAAGAGCAAGACUCGGACAGCUCCAAAGAGAGAAGAAGCCCCCAAAUCGUCCAGGCGGGAGGCAGCAGCCAGGAAUGCUGGGAAAGAAGAGAGCAGAAGAUCCUGGACGAGGGCAACGCCAGCUCAGAUGUACAACGCCAGCGUUUCAGGGCGUUCUGCUACCAGGAGGCCGAGGGGCCCCGAGAGGUUUGCGGCCGACUCCACAACCUCUGCUACCAGUGGCUGAAGCCAGAGCGGCACACCAAGAAGCAAAUCCUGGACUUGGUGAUCCUGGAGCAGUUCCUGGCUGUCCUCCCCCCGGAGAUAGAGAGCUGGGUCAGGGAUUGUGGCCCAAAGUCCAGUUCCCAGGCGGUGGCCCUGGCCGAAGGUUUCCUCCUGAGCCGGGCAGAGCACAAGAAGCAGGAGGAGGAGCAGGCACAGAUGACAUUUUCCAAAGCAGCCACAGAUUCCCCGGAGGCAGAAGAUGCUCCGUUGAACAUCACAAAGCGGCCACUUUUCCGGGGGAUCGUGCAGGAGGCCGAAGGGGGUGCCUCCUCUCUUGGAAGUAGGACAGCCCUCAGAGACAGCAAAAUGGCCCUGGGGCGUCCCCUCAUGCCUACUUCUCUUUGUGAUGGACUGGAAGCAGCGUCCCUGCAGCCAGAACAGGACCUCGUGACCUUUGAGGAGAUGGCUGUACAUUUCACAGCCUUCCACGGAGGCCGAGUGGGCUCUGCUGGACCAAGGCUGGAGGGGUCUGCACAGGGAAGCCAUGGAGAACUUUGGAAUUGUGGGAAUCUGGCCUCUCUUGGGCUUCCGCUUCCCAGGCUGGACCAUAUCUCCUGGCAGGGAGAAAGGGCCGACCCGUUUGCCGAAAGCUCUGAAGAGGAGAGAUCAGCAGAUGACGACGGAGAGGGCAACAAAGAGUGUGAACGGCGUAGAAUGAAAACGGAAUUAAAACAGAAGUGGGGGAACAAAUCCAUUGCUUUUGAAGGGACUGACUUCCAUGAAAUCCCAAUAGUAGAAGAACAUUGUGAAGGAAACCAAAGAAAAAUCCACAAGGAGAAACUGUUGAAAUGUGCAGAGUGUGGGAAGCUUUUCAGCCAGCAGAUAUACCUUAUUAAACACCAGAGAGCACAUGCUAUAGAUAAAACGUACAAAUGCUUGGAGUGCGGGAAGCAGUUCCUUCGCAGCUCAGACCUUCAUUUUCAUCAAAGAUUCCAUGCAGGCAAAAAGCCUUAUAAAUGCUCAGAGUGUGGAAAGCGGUUCAGUCAUAGCGUAAGUCUGAAAUGGCACGAAAGUAUUCACACGAGAGAAAAGCCCUAUAAAUGCUCGGAGUGUGGAAAGGGUUUUAUUGACGGUAGAAACCUUAAAAGACAUCAAAGAAUCCACACAGGGGAGAAACCUUACAAGUGCUCAGUGUGUGGAAAGGGCUUCAGUCGCAGCCCUGAGCUUAAAUCGCAUCAGAGAAUCCACACUGGGGAGAAGCCCUAUAAGUGCUCCGAGUGCGGGAAGAGGUUCAACCUGAGUUCAAACCUUAGUAAACAUCAAAGAAUCCACACAGGGGAGAAGCCCUACACAUGUUCAGCGUGUGGGAAGAGCUUCAGCCAUAGCACGCAUCUUAAAAGACAUGAAAGAAUCCACACGGGGGAGAAGCCCUAUAAAUGUUUCGAGUGUGGGAAGAGCUUCAGUCAAAACAUAAUUCUUAAAUCGCACCAGAGAAUUCACACGGGGGAGAAGCCAGAUAAAUGCUCCGAGUGCGGGAAGUGUUUCAGCAAUAGUGGGAACCUUAAAAUACACCAGAAAAUCCACACAGGGGAGAAGCCCUAUAAAUGCUCAGAGUGCGGGAAGUGUUUCAGUCAAAGCAUAAUCCUUAAAUCGCAUCAAAGAACUCACACGGGAGAGAAGCCCUUUAUAUGCUCUGGGUGUGGAAAGAGUUUUGGCGAUAGCAGAAGCCUCAAAGUCCAUCAAAGAGUCCACACCCAGGAGAAGCCCUAUAAAUGCUCCGAGUGCGGCAAGACUUUCAGCGUCGGCAGAAGCCUCAAAGUACACCAAAGAACCCACACGCAGGAGAAACCCUAUAAAUGCCUCGAGUGCGGGAAAAGCUUCAGUGACAGCAGAAUCCUCAAAGUGCAUCAAAGGAUCCACACGGGGGAGAAGCCCUACAACUGCUCAGAGUGCGGGAAGAGCUUCAACCAGAGCACACACCUUAAGAGACAUCAGAGAACCCACACAGAGGAGAAGCCCUACAAGUGCUUGGAGUGCGGGAAAAGCUUCAACCAGAGCACGCACCUCAAUACACACAGAAGAAUCCACGUGAGAAACACUCAGGGUGCGGAAUGACCCUCCGCCAGAGAUGACGCUUUCCACUGCGUCAAGCAGGGUGGAAUCCUGCAAAUCCUAGUGAUGAUUGGAAUGUGGGAAGUUCUUGAGAUGGAACGUAAGCUUCCGACUUUCAAGAUGCCAACCCAAGGGAAAGCAUAGGAAUAAUUAGAGUAGAGAAUCACUUGACCAAUCAAAUCUUAAUAAGCAGCUGUAGCAGGGCUCAGAAUGGACAGUUCCCAGUGACUACGUGAGUCCAGGAUAGAUGCGUGUCUAGCCUUGUUAGGAUUCGUGCUCCGCGUUUGCAGUCAUGAGAUUGUUGUCUAUCACAUGGCGGUGUAUGCUUUCAUUCCAGAGUGUGGGAAGUGACGGAGACAGGAUGUUUUGGUAUUGUAUUUUUGUAGGCCUAAUGUUAUGCUUAGCCUCUGUCCGGAAAUUCUGCGUUGACAGCAUUUAAAAAAAUUCUCCCCUUGCUGUAACCUUGGACAAUCAUGUUUAAUUAAACAAUGUGAUAUUGGC